AUGGACGACUUCCAGUCGGGGGAGGAGCCUUCCUUUGUUGUUGAUGAAGUCAGUAGCAUCAUUAAAGAGGCCAUAGAAAGUGCGAUAGGUGGCAACGCCUACCAGCACAGCAAAGUGAACCAAUGGACAACAAGUGUGGUGGAACAAACACUAAGCCAGCUCACGAAACUGGGGAAACCUUUCAAGUACAUUGUGACCUGUGUGAUUAUGCAGAAGAAUGGUGCUGGGCUACAUACAGCAAGCUCUUGCUUUUGGGACAACUCCAGUGAUGGAACCUGCACUGUGAGAUGGGAGAAUAAGACCAUGUACUGUAUUGUCAGUGCCUUUGGACUUGCAAUAUAAUUGCCUUGAAAUCAGUCAUCCUUCUCUUUUCUACUCCAGCAGCUGAUUCCAUCUCUACUCAGACUGUGAAUACACCGAACAACUUCUGGUUUUUAAUGUACUUUUAAACUUUUUUUAAUUAUUAUUUUCAAAUGUAGAAACGUGAUAUGCUGUUAACGUGGUUUAUGUUUGUACUUAGUAUUGUAUCA